AUGGGGAAUCAGGCCCAAGGACCCAGGGUGUUUGCGGCAGAUGAUGUCUUGGACCAAGCUGCUGGGACUUUUGGAGAAAGUGGGGAUAUUCCGGUGGUCCCACCUAAAACUUCCAAAGAAGAACUUCUCAAAAGAGUGGACUUUACCUCUAUAGAUGAAGCCGCGAUAAAGGCACCACCUGAGCUUUUAUUGGAGAAUUUCUGGGAUAUAUCGGACCACCUGGUGGUAUCUAAAAGUUUUAAGGUCAUCGAUGACCUUUACAGAAUCCGUGCUAUAUUUAGAUGGUUGACGUCAUUUGAUGAGGAGAGUAUUACGUCACAGAUUCUCCCCCCUGAAAACAGUCCCCUGGAAUACCUCAUUAAAAUAGGAUCAGAUUUUGGAGACCACGCCAACCUGCUUUACGUCUUAUGUGUAUCCGCCAACAUACCCUGUGUUGUAAUAAACGGGGUGUCUAAGCAUGGCUUUUAUGAAGUUGGGGAUGAAAUUCGCAAAGAAGUACUGGCAUCGAAAUGGAACGCAGUGUUUGUAAACGGGGAGUGGCGCCUGAUCGACCCUUUCUGGGCGCACACCUCCAUACCUUACGACCAGUACCGAGAUCAGAUAGCCGUAGACGAAGAAGGGCAGAUAACUCUAUCUACCGAACUGGGCGACACUGAAGGGGACCCUCGCCCGGUCAAUGAAUUCUUCUUUCUGUGUGAUCCAGACAAAUUGAUCUACACACACUUCCCUGAUGAAGAACAAUGGCAGCUUCUGGACGAACCUAUCAGCGAGAAAAGAUUUCAGGAACAACCGUACUUCCGGGAGCAUUAUCAUGAGAUGGGACUUAGUGUGAGUAAAGGAUUUCCUGACACAGAUAACUGUAUACUGCGGCCUGACGGGAGACCAUGUAGAAUCAGUUUCGAUUUGCCCAAAGACAGAGGAGCAACUCAAGACUUUAAAUUCUCUGUGACUGAACUGGACGUGGAUGAAAACACUGACACUACUGACCUAGAGAAAUACGUCAUGAUGAGCAAAUCAAAAUCAACGUUACAGUUCGGAGUGUGCUUUCCUUUCAUUGGUCGAUUUCGCCUGGAUGUAUAUGGAACGGAUGACGUCUUAACCAACCAAUUCAACUUAGCCUUUUCAUACUUGAUCCACUGUGGCAUACCCAUCAAAAACUUUAAUGGAUUCCCAGAAGUUCCUGAACAUGGAUGGGGACCUCAUCCGAGUGCGGAAGAACUCGGGAUUGUUCCAAUAAGCCCAACGUCUAGUGUCAUAAAAACAGAAACGGGAAUAGUAGAAAUUCGAUUUCCGGCCUCAAAAGCAAGAGAGAUCAGCCACUGUUUAGGUUCCACGAAGUUUGAUGCGGCUUCUUUGAGCAGGCACGCUCUUGGGCGGUUAGACACUGCCAGACAAGAAUACUUUGUUUAUGUGAGACUUCCAGAACAAGGGGACUAUACUUUGAAGAUAUUUGCGGAUGUGGACGAAUUGCGUGGGAAAAUUCCAGAUUCUACGGUCAUGACUUAUCUUAUUGAGUUUUCUGGAGAGGCAACAAAUGAUCCAUACCCUUUUGUAUUAGGUAGUCAGAUUGGUCCAAAGUUAGGGGCAUUCCAGCUCGGUGUGGAAGCCAUCGAUGAAUCGAAUGGUGUGUUAAUGGCCUGGGAUGGAAAGUUAGAUCUGACCUUUACAGCUGAUGAAGAUUCCGCCUUGUUCAGCGAAUUAUCCACGUCCAAUCCAACUGCAAAGAAAGUUAUGAAAAUCAAGGAUAAGAGAGAAGAUGGAAAAUGGAUAUUUAGCCUGAAUCUACCCGUUGCUGGACUUUAUUCCUUAAAUCUUUUUGGAUGGAACGAGAAAGAAAAACACAGGAAAGUUGAAGAAGUUUUUAGCUUCUUGAUUCAGUCUACAGGAUCCCUAAGUAAAGAGGAACUGGAGAAAUUAGAGAAAAAAACCAAAGGGAGGAGAAAAGUCAAUUCCGGAAUUACGAAUAUGGAAAGAUCAAAUACAGUGCUGGAUAGUGAUUCCCAGAUUGCCAAGUCACGUGUAGAUAAUAAAAAUAACUCUUCCUCAAAAUUUUCAUCUGACACUGGAGACAUAAAGAAUGAUGGCGAGGGAGUCGACAUAAUCUCAAAUGUGGUCUCCCCAAGAAACCCAAUAUCAACAGAGGACUUCGACAGUGUUAACAACAAACCUCCCACGUCAACUGGUUACGGGCGACAGCAGUCACGGGGAAGCACGAAGUUUACAGGAACCUUGGACAAGGAAAGUAUUGAAAAAGGAAGUACAAAAGGAAGUACAGACUCUAAAGAGAAAACAGCUAGUGAUGGACGUUUAAAACACUCAUCAUCGCAGAAAAACAAGGACUCGAAAGACAAUGAGCGGGCAACCCCUCGCAAAGGUGUUUUGAAGAAAGGAGAUGAAAAUAACGCGUCCAGAGAUGGCGCUCGAACAAAAAAGAAAGCGGUAUCUAUCGUAGAAGCCACUGGGAAAAAAGACGCAAAACAGAAAAAGAAGAAAGACGAUUUGGACGUUCGAACAUUUCAAACCACAAAAAAUAUUGUUAAAAUUGAUAUUGAACAUCCAAUUAAAACCGUGUUUACUUCUCUCCGUAAGACCGACGCCAUUGAUAAGCCUGGCGACAGGGCCGCUGUUAUAAAAACUACGGAGGGAAUCGAGGUUCGAAUCCAAGGAUAUGGCCGGUAUCAAGUGGACGUCAUGACAAAGGAGAGCGGUCCACAUGUCAAGAUUGUAGGUCGCUACACCGUUAUCCGCGUGCCCUCUUCCAAUCCUUCAAAAGACGAGUCCAUGUCAAACUCGAAGCUGUUUGGAGGAAACGAAUUUGACGGAAACGUCUUUUUGGAUAGCGAUGACGAAAUUCCGGUCAGAGAAGACGUGACGGUCAGCAAACCAAAAAAGACUUCACGUCAGACUUCCGACAAAAUGGAUUAUGGGACGGUGGUUCCUGAUCUGCGAUCAAUUAAAAGUACAGACCUGUUGGACGAAUUUCUACAGGGAAGGUUUACUGAUGCCACGAACAGAGACAUGAAAGCUAAACUGAGAAAAGUCCUAAAAGUAAGAGAUCUAACUCUCAUUCUGAAAUACCUGGAACUAUAUCAAUCGACAUCCAAGUCAACACGGAACGCCAUCUUCCCAAAGGCCGUGCAGGACAUCAUGAAGAAAAUCAGACAACAGCAAAGACUGGUUGAAGAAUGCAAAAUGGAGACCCCUGUCCUGAUGGAUGAAGAUAUUCGUGUAUCCAAAACCCCGGAUGUCGUCAGGGUGAUGGUCACGCAUAAAAUCAUGGACAAGAAUACUAGAAAGGAAAAAGUAUCAAGAGUGACUCUGGAAAUCAACCAGAUCGCCCUGACGGAAAUCAAACAGUAUGCUAACCCACCAGAGGGCGUGCAUGAGUGUAUCAUGGCAACACUUGUGUUACUAGGCGACCAACCGGAAGAUUGCAAGGAUUUCAGUGCCUGUCAGGGACUGUUGUUUCGGACUGGGCGACAGUACAUCAUGCGCAGAAUCACUCAGUUUAACACCAGGUGUGUCCCGCAAGACAGAGUCAACUUUGUGGCCAAGAUUGUCAAGGAAUUCAGUAUGUGGCAGAUAUUAGACGUUAGCAAGGGGGCGGCCGCUUUCUAUAUGUGGGUAAAGGCCAUGCUGCAUGACAUUAAACAGAGAGCACGAUCCGCAGCGCCCUCUACCACUGCCAAAUCUACCACGUCAACCAAGAGGGUCCCUCCCAGACCCACCAUCCUCCCCGAGUACAUCAGCCGGAGGGACGGGACUGUUAUCCUCAGGCUUUAGGGUCCUCGGGGUGAGAGGGGGACGCCUGAACCUGGAGAGGAGGGGCGUGACGACAACUC